AUGGAGACAGAAACAGCUAGAAAGGUGCGCAGCGGCGGCAGCGAGGGAAGCUGCGGGGGCAGUGAGGGCAGCGGCGGCAGCGAGGGAAGCUGCGGGGGCAGUGAGGGCAGCGGCAGCAGCGAGGGAAGCUGCGGGGCCGAUGAGGGCAGUGGCGGCAGCGAGGGAAGCUGCGGGGGCAGUGAGGGCAGCGGCGGCAGCGAGGGAAGCUGCGGGGGCAGUGAGGGAAGCUGCGGGGGCAGUGAGGGCAGCGGCGGCAGCGAGGGAAGCUGCGGGGCCGAUGAAGGCAGCGGCGGCAGCGAGGGAAGCUGCGGGGCCGAUGAAGGCAGCGGCGGCAGCGAGGGAAGCUGCGGGGCCGAUGAAGGCAGCGGCAGCAGCGAGGGAAGCUGCGGGGGCAGUGAGGGUAGCGGCGGCAGCGAGGGAAGCUGCGGGGCCGAUGAAGGCAGCGGCAGCAGCGAGGGAAGCUGCGGGGGCAGUGAGGGCAGCGGCGGCAGCGAGGGAAGCUGCGGGGCCGAUGAGGGCAGCGGCGGCAGCGAGGGAAGCUGCGGGGGCAGUGAGGGCAGCGGCGGCAGCGAGGGAAGCUGCGGGGCCGAUGAAGGCAGCGGCAGCAGCGAGGGAAGCUGCGGGGGCAGUGAGGGCAGCGGCCGCCGCCGCGCGCCGAGCACGGGGCACCGCGAGCCCCGCCGGGCGGGGGCGGGGCCGGAGGUGGGGCCGCUGGGCGCUGUCCGCGCGGCGGGUGCUGAAGGGGCGGCGCCGCACCGGCACCUGCCGCCCGGCGCGAGCCGCUGGCGCGGAGCUGCAGCCGCCCGCGGCCGGCCAUGGCCGCGCGCCUCUGCCUCGGUAAGUGCGGCGGGAGGCGCGGGCGGGGCAGCCCCCGGCCGCGCCCGGGCUCUCGCUUCUCCCCGCGGUGUCCCCUUGCAGCUCCCCCCUCUCGCGGCUUCUCCGGGCAGCCUCGCGGCGGCGGCGACCCGGUGCCCGGUGGGGGCUCGCACCGGUGUGACAGGUCCAGGCCCCGCGGGUUGGCGCACUUAUUCACCUGGGCUCCGGGCGCGGUGUCUAAGCGGGAGGCGAGGCGGGGUAGCAGAGCCGGCAGCGGGUAUUGGGUGCAUCCUCAGUAAAUUUGCAGAUGGCAUCAAGCUGGGCAGAUGUGUAGACCUGCUUGAGGGCAAGAAGGCUCUUCAGAGGGAUCUGAACAGGCUGGAGUCAUGGGCCGAGGCCAACUUGUUGUUCCUGUUCUUCACAAGUAUAUCUACUGCCCAGACUCCUGAUUGUCUGCACUUGAGAGAGCAAUGUAUAGAGGCUGCAAACGGCUGUGAGAGCAUCUGGAAUGUUGUUGAAGAUGUCUGCAAUAUUUCAGUUCCAGGUAAUAUAUGCAAGGCAGAAGACACUAGUGGAUGUAAUAGAAUCAUCCAGGUCCUGGCUGAUGAAUAUCCAGAAUUUAAAAAUUGUCUCUGCACUACCGAUGGCUUCUGUAGCAUCACGACUUUGCUUGGGAAACAGUGCAACGUUAAUAAAGAAUAUUUGGAAACUUCCUCCAGAUCAGAUACUGAGCUGAGUUUUAGGCAACACAGAAACCCCAAAGGCCAAAGACAUCCAGAAGUACUAGAGAAGGACUGCAGUAUUGCAAAACAACGCUGCCAAGAGGACCCUUACUGCUUUUUAGUGCAGAAGAGCUUCCAGCAAGCGUGCCAGGUAGAUGGAGAAAAAUGUAGGCUCCCAAUGGUCUACCAAGAGUGUUUGUCAGCAUGGAAAGAACUGAAGAAAACAGUGCUGGGAGAGUGCAAGUGCUCAGAACCACUUGAGAUGGGAUGCGUUAAAAUAUGGAAGGGAAUAUUUAACAACCCUUGUUUACAAUACUCUCAAGAGAGCCCAGAUUCGGCAGCUAGUGAAAAUGAUGAUGAUGAUGAUGACAAUGAUGAUGUUGAUGAUGAGAAAAAACAAGACACUGACACAGGCAAUAUUAGUAUGGAAACAAAAUUACAAUGGAGCUUAUCUGCUCUCUCCAAACAAGCAUACACAGCAAACAGAACCUGUUUGGAUGUGAACAAGGAGUGUGUUGAAGAUGAAGUAUGUAACAAACAGUUGUCCCUGUACCUUAAAGUUUGCUCAGUAAAUAAAAUUUGCAACAUGGAAGAAUGUCAAGAGGCCACAAGGUUCUUCUAUCAAAAUAUGCCUUUUGAAGUUGCUCAAAUGAUGAUAUUUUGUGAUUGUAUCCAGCCUGAUGAAUCCUGCCAGAGAGCAGAAGAACUUCUCCAUGGCAAACCCUGUGCAUUUACUGCAGUUCCGCCCCCAUCAUGUCUGAAUGUAAUCCAGAUUUGUGAAGAGAAUGAAUUGUGCAGGAAAAGAUACACAAGAUUUUGGUCAAAGUGUUGGAGACAUGUAACAAAAAAAUGCUACAAUGACAAAGCUUGUCUUGAAACUUUAAUCAAGGGUGACAUGCUCUGUUCUGCAAACGCUGAUUGCAAAGCAGCCUACAUUGGCACCUGGGGCACAAUGCUACGUGUAGAGUGCACCUGCCAGAAUUUACCUCCCACAGAGCAGUCUUUGUGCAAGCUUUUCCAUCACAUGCUUCACAGCAAAUCGUGCUUCAGUGAGUUACGUCAAAUUCCCAUUAAGAAGAAAGAAUUUAAUUGGGUAAAUAUAGAAGUACCGGGAGAAAAGCUUUCCAGAGCACAGCUCCAUUCUUCCUCAAUUAAUGGUGAAACAGUCUACAUUAUUGCCUAUUCCUUCUGCAUAGUUCUCAUCUUAGGAAUAGUGCUGUUGACUCUCCUAAAGAUCAGGGCCUGCAGACCAAAACAUGAGUCAAGGAGUCCCUCGCCAGACCAUUCUUCUGAAACAUUUAUGGUCCAUUAUAAAAGUCACAGAUGA